AUGAGGAGGUUCACAGCGCUAACGGCCACCCUGUUGCUUCUCCUGGCGGUGGUCUCAGCCGUGAAGGUAUUGGGUUCAUGCGGUGAGGAAAUCAAGAGUCAGAGGCUGAGUUCCUGCCGUGAGUACCUCAGAGAUAGCAGCCGACUUGAUGUGUCGGAAAACGGGUGGCGAGAGGAGUUUCCCAGGUGCUGUGAGGAGCUGGAGCAGAUUAACGAGCAAUGCAGGUGCCAAGCACUAAGCCAGUUGGUGGCUCAACAGCAAAUGGCACAGGGAAGAGAGAAGCAAGAGAUGCUGAGAACCGCGCAGAGUUUGACCAGCUUGUGCCGUAUCCCACCUCAAUCCUGCGAAAUCCAGCUGCGCGGCCUGCUCUCUUUUUUUUCUCACUGUAUCUGCGGGGUGGAAUCUGAAUAUCGCCGCCGUGCCGUUGAUCGUCGGCGGCCGACCGAAUUGACUCCACCGUCGCUGUUGGUCGGCAGCUACUAUCCUAAUCGGCCCAACAAACGCCGGAAGCACCACGAGACGGGAACGGGAACACCGACAAGCCCGUCGUUGGAGUAG